AUGGCCACCGGUCCCAGCAGCAGCAUGGAGGAGUCUCAGCAGCACAACCAGCCAAUCAGCACACAGCACGGAGGGGAGGCCGACCACGCCGACCACGCCGUGACCUCUCAACCGAGCGGCAGCGUGGAGCAACAAGCCCCGCCCCCGACGACUGAAGGUCCUGAUGCCACGGACGACAUGGAUCACCUGACAGUGAUCAGCGACAACAUGGAGAACAGUAACGGUAUCGGCCAUGUUGCUGCGGACUCGUCCCCCAUAGUGUCCUCCAUGUCGCCCAAGUUUCAUGCUAAGCCUGGCGGUCACGCUAACGGACGGCCUGGUUUGGGCAGCCGGUCCGGCUCGUUGGCGGCGGGCUCCCCUCGGCCCUCCCUCACCCGCCGGCCCAGUGCAAUGCCGGAGGCCACUGUGGACGGGUCCAAGCCGAGAGACUACCUGUUCCUCGCCAUCCUGUCCUGCUUCUGCCCGCUGUGGCCCAUCAACAUCGUGGCCCUCACCUUCUCCGUGAUGUCCCGAAACAGUCUGCAGCAGGGCAACGUGGACGGCGCUCGCCGUUUGGGCCGUAACGCCAAGAUUCUGUCCAUCGUUGCCAUCUUGGGAGGGCUCGCCAUCAUCAUCGCCGGAAUCGCCCUCAACUGGGGACGUAAGUAG